AUGCUCAUCCGCGACAUUGUUGCAUUGGGAAUUCAGAACCGCAGUAGGCGCCUAUCAGUAUCUUUCUGUUGUGGCGAGUUGAUAGCGUCCGACCAGACGGCAGCUCUCGUGCUACGCAGUCUUCUCACCCUCAACAAUAUUCGCCGCGUCAAACUACCAGUCUUGACUCAACAGCGCAAUGCUCCCCAUGAUGCCUUCGCAGAAUAUACGCAACACAGAUUCGGCUUUCCCGAUCUCUCCAGCGAGCUCCAACACAAUAGAUAUCGACACCAGUUAAACCACAACUCCACACAAUCAUUUCACUGCGAAUACCCAGGCUGUUCGCGUACCUUUGUUCGAGCUGAUUUGUUGAAACGGCACAUGGAUCGCCAUGCCGCUAAGGGUUUCCAACCAGGUCAAAAUGGAAACUUCAGCGAUCAAAUACCACAAGCAGUAAAUUCUGAAUUGACACCGCCUUUUUCCGAAACCCCUUCGGCUACUAUCAUUGGCGGCCACCACCAUACGCAGACUCAAUUUGUCUCUCCGGAAGCCCAGGCUCAGAGUUCUUAUACUCCAGUUAGUAUCACAGCAUCAUCUGGUAUAAGGUACAAUUAUUCUGCAGAUAUGACAUCCGCAAGCCACGGCCCAUAUCAAAGAGCCGACGCUCAACUACCAGGCUUGGGUCAAAAUACUAACCAAGAAACUCUGCCACCCUAUAACAACGAAUUGACGUCACCUCCAGGCCCCGGCGCGAAGCAAUACUGUCAUGGGCAAAUGCAGCAGGCCAUGCCCUCUCAACCCUCGACAUUCAGAUCACAACCUCAGUCAUUACACCUAGACAUGUCACAUACACAAUAUCCGUCGAGCAAUAGGGACUCAACCUCGCAUGCCUCUGGUCAAGAAUGCGAUGGAAGAGAAUCGACACAAUAUCAUGAUGCGUCACAUCACCCUGCGGAUAUCUUUGCCCUAGAUCAAAUGGCAACGCUUAGUGCUGGGCCGGUUUUUGGGGACGAUGGGGGUCUGAGCAAGACGCCUUAUGUAGCCAUGCCAGAGGACUUCAUGGCUUAUUUAUUCAACUCGCUUCCCUCCCAGGGCUCAUCUCCUGGAAAUGGACUUCAAGGCCCUAUCUCAAAGUAUGGAGAAUUACAGGACACGCAAUACUGUGCACCAUUCACUGCCAAUGGCAUGUCGCAGAUUGGACCUUUCCCAAGUGCUUCCCAGCAUAUCAUGUCGGUGACCAAUUUGCUUGACGAGAAUUCCCCCGAGACCAAUAUAUCAGACGAGAGAAGUCAAGAGAUUUUUGACUUCAUCAAAGAUCGUUUCCAUGAACACGAUGUCCCUCCCGCAGAACGAAGCCGGGACAACAUCCUGGAGGGCGACCGCGAACAAGACGACCAUAUGCUGAGUUGCAGGAUGAUGCAGGCAUAUCUUGGCUCCUACUGGUACCACUUCAGCGAUCAACUACCGAUUUUGCACAGACCAACUUUCUCUUCCGACACAACUCCCAAUCUUCUGCUCCUAGCAAUGAUGACGAUCGGUGCUGCAUGCCUGGAUAGAACCUAUGGUCAACAGGUUUUGACAGCAGGCGCUAAACUUUCAAACUUUAUCGCUAGACAUUUAAGAUGGGAGAUCUUCAUGAAUGAAAAUUUCCGACCGCCGGCAAAGCUCUGGGUUUUCCAGACACUUAUUUUGCUAGAGCUGUACGAGAAGAUGUUUUCAACGAGGGAGUUGCAUGAACGAGCCCACAUUCAUCAUGCCACCAUGAUUGCCCUCAUGCGUCGUGGACGAUCACUCAUUGGAAAGUCCCCCAUGGACUCGCCUCCAAACUCACGAGAAACGCUAAAUGAUUCGAAAAAAGGGCUAGGUGUCGGUCAAACGCCGGAGGAAUGGUGGAACCAUUGGGUAACCAAUGAAGCUACCAGACGAGCGGCUUUCGCCGCCUUCAUCAUUGAUUCUACUCAUGCCGCCAUGUUUGGUCACUCGGCCGUAAUGGUAACACACGAGAUGAGACUUCCAUUGCCUUAUGAUGAGUCUUUGUGGAGAGCCAGGAGCGGUUCCGAGGUAGGAAGGGCCGAAGCAAGCCUCAAUGCUAGAGGCAUACAGCCAAUAUCGUUCCUCGAGGGUCUCAAACGCACGUUGAGCCAUCAGGAAGUAAAGACAACGUCAUUUGGUAGAACCGCUCUCAUGGCUGGUCUUAUGAGCGUCACGUAUCAUAUGCAACAGCGAGAUCUUCAGGUUAACGUCCUCGGCGGCGGAGUGAUUCAGGCGCUGGAGGAUCGCGAUAGGUGGCGUGCAUCGUUGACAAAAGCAUACAACUCUUGGAAGAGUGACUUUGAUAAAGAGCUUCAGGACAGCGAGCCCUCUAGCGACCCUUACGGGCGAGGAAGCACCAGAAACGAGGCAAAUAUCGUGUUUGGCAGCCGUACGGUACUACAUCAUUUAGCCCACAUGGCGAUGCAUGCGGAUAUCGUUGACUGCCAAAUGUUUGCCCGUGCUAAAAGGCUCCUUGGAAGAAAUAUUGGCGCCCAGGAAUUUAGUAGCGCCCAGAAACGAGUGAAGGAGCAAUGGGCACCAUCUGCCAAGGCCCGUGAUGCUACGUUCUACGCGUUGAAGUUUCUAAGUUCCGUCUUGCUACCAGAUGAAGCGGCGUUUAUGAAUGCAGCUAGCCCUUGGCCUGAGGGCUUCUACGAAACACGCUAUGACGUGCUCAUGAAUAGGCCGUGGGUACUUUACUUCGCUGCUCUCGUGGUAUGGUGCUACGGCUAUGCAUUAGAAGGACCUUGUGGAGAUGUUGCGAGGCACAAUACCCCAGAGGAGAACCAGCGACAAAUGAGGCACUAUUUGCUAAGGUAUGCAGGCAUUACAGAUCCAGAUGAGCUCCAAGCCAUGCAGGGCAUCAACAAUAAUACGGCGUUGCUGGUGGUCUUGCGGGACUCAUUUGACAAUACGAGAUGGGAUUUGCUACAUGAAGGGGCUCUUUUGAUGAGAAACUGUAUUGUUCUGAACGGCGGCGGUACCGUGUAA